ACACACACAACCUCAUAUUCUCAAAGAAAAGCUCCAUCACACCAUUAAUGGAAGACCAUAUCCUCCUUCCCUUCUCCAUCCUCCUCCUCAUCAUCCUCAUCCUUCUCAAGCUCAUCAAACUCCAACAUCCCAAAGUAAAAACCAAGACUUCUUAUAACCCUCCUCCAAGUCCUCCAACAUCCCUCCCCAUCCUUGGCCACCUCCAUCAUCUCCUCAAACAAAAACAACCUCUCCACCACUCCCUCUCCUCCCUCUCCUCCCUCCAUGGCCCCAUCCUCUCCUUACGUUUAGCUUCUCGCCAAGCCCUUCUCAUCUCCUCCCUCUCCAUUGCCACUGAAUGUUUCUCUUCUCACAACGACAUCGUCUUCGCCAACCGUCCUCAUCUCUUCGCCGGCAAACACCUUGGCUAUAACUACACCACCAUUGCUUGGGCUUCUUAUGGCCCUCACUGGCGCAAUCUCCGGCGACUCACCACCCUCGAACUAUUCUCCACACUACGUCUCACUUCCUUCUCCUCUAUUAGAAGAGAUGAGGUUUUAUCUCUUGUUAAAUCCUUAGUUAAAGAUAACAAGAAGGUGGUGUUAAAGCCAAAGCUCUUUGAGCUCACUCUUAAUAUUAUGAUGAGAAUGAUAGCAGGAAAGAAGUAUUUUGGAGAAUAUGAUGAUGAAGUUAAGGACAAGAAAGAGUCUGAGAGGUUUAGAGAUAUUGUUGAAGAAACUUUUAGGGUUAGUGGGAGUAGUAACCUCUGUGACUUCAUACCAUUUUUAAGGUUAUUUGGUUAUGGAAGAGGGAUGGAGAAGAGGAUUGUAAGGUUGCAUGAGAAAAGAGAUGCUUUCUUGCAGGAAUUAAUUGACAAGCAUAGAGACAAAACAAGGGUUAACCCUAAUGUUAAUGAUCAUUUUGAAGGGAAAAAGAGCGUAGUUGAUGUGCUGUUAGGGUUGCAAGUUGAUGAUCCAGAGUAUUACACUGAUGACAUUAUCAAAGGAGUGGUUGUGAUGAUGUUGACAGCCGGGACAGACACAUCAGCUGUGACAAUAGAAUGGGCAAUGUCAUUGUUGCUUAACCAUCCGGAAGUGUUGAAUAAGGUUGAAGAAGAGAUAAUGAUUAAUAUUGGUAAAGAGAGGUUUGUUACAGAGUUAGACCUUGCUAGUCUUUCUUUUCUCCAAUGUGUUAUUUAUGAGACUCUUAGGCUUAAACCUCCAGCUCCAUUAAUCCCAGCUCAUGAGUCUCGUGAAGAUUGCAAGAUUAGUGGUUUUCACGUGUCACGUGGAACUAUGUUAUUGGUUAAUGCAUGGGCCAUGCAACGUGACCCUGAGUUAUGGGUUGAGCCAAAUAAGUUUCAACCGGAGCGUUGGUUGGGGAAGGGAAGAGAAGAACGUCAGAAGAUGUUACCUUUUGGGAUUGGAAGGAGAAGUUGCCCUGGAGAAGGCUUGGCCAUGAAAGUGGUAGGGUUGACAUUGGCGGCACUAAUACAAUGUUUUGAAUGGGGACGUGUGGAUGAUGAGCUUGUUGACCUUCAUGAGGGACCGGGUCUCACCAUGCCUAAGGCUUGUCCUUUAGUGGCUUUGUGUGAGCCACGCUCUUUUGUGUACAAAAACAUUGUUUAAUGUUUUGUUUAAUGUUUUUGGCAUGAA